AUGGAGGAGGAGCUGGCGUGGGAGACCCACGGCUUGCUUCCCCUGGAGAGGCAGCUCCAUGAGGCCGCCCAAAAGAACAACAUUGGGAAGAUGAAGGAGCUGAUGGGAAGGAGGGUUAACAUCCGGGCCAGAAAUCACGUGGGCAGGGUGGCCCUGCACUGGGCUGCGGGUGCAGGUCAUGAGCAGGCUGUGCGGCUGCUCCUGGAACACAAGGCUGCUGUGGAUGAUGAGGACGCGGUAGGGUCCCUCUUGGAGGCGUGUCUGUGUUUUGGGAUGAACGCGCUUCUCCUGUCUGCCUGGUUUGGUCACUUGCGAAUCCUCCAGAUCCUGGUCAACUCUGGGGCCAAGAUCCACUGUGAGAACAAGGAUGGCCUGACUCUGCUGCACUGCGCAGCCCAAAAAGGCCAUGUGCCUGUGCUGGCGUUCAUAAUGGAGGACCUGGAGGACGUGGCCCUGGACCACGCAGACAAGCUGGGAAGGACCGCGUUUCACAGGGCUGCUGAGCACGGGCAGCUGGAUGCUCUGGACUUCCUCGUGGGCUCUGGCUGUGACCACAGUGUCAAAGACAAGGAGGGGAACACAGCCCUUCACCUGGCUGCUAGCCAGGGUCACAUGGCUGUGUUGCAGCGCCUUGUGGACAUCGGGCUGGACCUGGAGGAGCAGAAUGUGGAAGGUCUGACAGCUCUGCAUGCGGCUGCUGAAGGAGUGCACCCCGACUGUGUGCAGCUGCUCCUCAGGGCCGGGAGCGAUGUGAAUGCCCUCACCCAGAAAAGGCUGAGCUGCCUCCACUACGCAGCUCUUGGUGGCUCUGAGGACAUGUGCCGGGCCCUCAUUCAUGCAGGAGGCUGCACCAAUGUGGCUGAUCAUCAGGGUACUUCUCCUGUGCACCUGGCUGUGAGACACAACUUCCCUGCCCUGGUCCAGCUCCUCAUUGAGGCCCACAGUAACCUGGAUGCCAUCGACAAUAGGCAGCAGACACCCCUCCACCUGGCCGCUGAGCACGCCUGGCAGGACAUAGCAGAGAUGCUCCUCGUGGCUGGGGUCGACUUAACCCUGAGAGAUAAGCAAGGAAAAACCGCCCUGGCAGUGGCCGCCCGCAGCAACCACGUCAACCUGGUGGACAUGAUCAUAAAAGCAGACCGUUUCUACAGGUGGGAGAAGGACCACCUUUCAUGCAGGGACCCCAAUGACUCCUCGGGGAAGAGCUUGUCCUUUAAGCAGGACCAUCGGCAAGAAACACAGCAGUUCCGCUCUGUGCUGUGGCGACUGGCCUCCAGGUAUCUGCGGCCCCAGGAGUGGAAGAAGCUGGCAUGUUCCUGGGAGUUCACCGAGGCACACAUCUAUGCCAUCGAGCAACAGUGGACAGGCACCAGGAGCUAUCAGGAGCAUGGCCACAGGAUGCUGCUCAUCUGGCUGCAUGGCGUGGUCAUGGCUGGUGAGAAUCCCAGUAAAGCGCUGUUCGAGGGCCUGGUGGCCAUUGGCAGGAGGGACCUGGCUGAGAGUAUUAGGAAGAAAGCAAAUGCUGAGCCGAAGGCCCCCAGGAGGUGCACAGCCAUGUAAUCAGGGGCCA